CGCCAUUCUGUCGGUCGUGUCAAGCGUCAACUUCUAUCACUCAAAUUUUAUUGUUACGGCACGAACAGUCGGUAGAAUAAAAUUAUAAAUUAAAGUUUGUUUUCGUCUUGGAGAUAAUGUUAUAAAUAAUUUAAUCAAAAUGCACGUGAGAAUACGUAUAUUUGGUAAACCAGAUACCGUUGUGGUUGUAGAAUCUAAGUUAACAAAGAUAGAUCAGUUCCGGCGGAUUGUGAAAGAAAAGUUUGAUGUUCCACCGAAAUUACAAAGAUUAUUUUAUGGCGGUAAGCUGCUGGAAAAUGGCUACACAUUCCACGACUAUAACAUCAAGCUUAAUGAUGUUAUUCAACUCAUGGUGCGGGCACAGCCUGAGGAAAGCCCUAAGAACAAGACUGACACUAAGACUGACAAGACCAAAGUUUCCGAUGGAGACAUGGUUGAGUACAAAGAUGCAGUAAGCACAUUAUAUGAAGUCGGUGACCUAAUAGAUGUGAAGGACCGUGAGUCUGGGGCCUGGUUCGAAGGGAAAAUUAUUAGAAUAGUGUAUGAUCCUGACAUUCCCCACACACCAGAUGCUAACUUAUCGAGCAAUGACACAAGUGUCUUAGGACAUUCUGAGAACAGUGACCAGAGUUUUGACACAGAAAAUGAUGUUGAGAAUAAACCGCCAAGUGCAUCAACCAAUGGGGACAGUUUACCAAAGGCUAAAAGUAAAGGCAUAGCUAAAUAUUUCAGUAGAACCCCCAAAAUUGCGUGGAAAAAACAAAAUGAAUUGAAUAAAAGUUUAGAGAGCAAAGACGACAGAGAUGUUGAUGCAAAACUGCUUUAUAAAGUGCAACUGGAAUCUGAUGAAGAUGAUUCAAACUUAUAUUGUAAGCUAAAAGAAAUAAGACCUAGAGCAAGAAAUGAGGUGGACCCUAAAGAUCUGAAGGUGGAUCAGAUAGUGAUGUUGAACUACAACACUGAUGACCCACAUGAGAAAGGACAUUGGUAUGAUUUUAAAAUAGCAGAAAUAAAGAAGUUUAGAGCAAUUUAUGAGUUGAUAGGGACUCUUUACUUGGGCCCUGAUGCUGUACCACAGAAUGAUACUAAAGUGAGAGUGUUUGACAAGAUAUUAGCUAUUGAAGAGGUAGUGCCACUAGCUAAGAGAACAGAGGAGUACAAGAAAAUUAUGGUUACAGCUCCAGAGAAAAGAUCUACACCAUUGAAUUGCCUGACGUGUCGUGAUGAUGAAGACGUUUUGUGCAAAGACUGCGGCUGUUAUCUUUGCUCAGGGAAGGAGUUCCCAGAUAGAAUAGUGCUAUGUGACGAAUGUAAUCAUGGUUAUCACAUGAUAUGCCUGGACCCGCCCCUCAUGGAGCUACCCGAAGAGGACUGGUACUGUCCGUCUUGCAAGAGGGAUCCCAAUGACGUCAUAGCGCCUGGAGCCGCUAAGCAGACGAAGAAGACGACCAAAACUAAUCGCGACUGGGGCCGAGGAAUGGCUUGUGUUGGUAAAACGAAAACCUGCGCAAUGCCGCCCAAUCACUUCGGUCCGAUCCCCGGCAUCGAAGUAGGCAUGUGCUGGAGAUUUAGGAUACAGCUCUCAGAAACCGGUGUCCAUCGGCCGCCUGUGUCGGGGAUCCACGGUCGUGACGUAGAAGGCGCGUACAGCAUUGUAUUAUCAGGUGGUUACGAAGACGAUGUGGAUCAUGGCAACGAGUUCACGUAUACAGGCAGUGGCGGACGAGAUCUCUCCGGGAACAAACGAACUGCAGAACAAUCGUGUGACCAAACUCUCACCAGAGAAAACAAAGCGUUAGCCCGUAACUGCGCAGUGAACAGUAUAAGCGAGGAAGGCGGUGACGCGGGCGACAACUGGCGCAACGGCAAGCCGGUCCGUGUAGUACGCUCCUACAAAAUGUUGAAACAUUUCCCCAAGUACGCACCUAAGGAAGGCAUCAGAUACGACGGCAUAUACAAGGUAGUGAAGUACUACCCGGAGAAGGGACUAUCGGGAUUUAUUGUUUGGAAGUAUCUCCUAAGACGAGACGAUCCAAAUCCCGCGCCUUGGGAACCUGGCGCAAAGGAGUAUCCAAUUAUAUAUCCUGAUGGGUAUUUAGAAGCAGAAGCAGAGAAGAAAGCCCUAAAGGAAAAGAAUAGUAAAGGAGGUAAAGGUGCCAAGAAGGGCAGUAAAAAGCGAGCACUUAGAGAAAGCAACCAGACAACAGAGUCAGAGAGUGAUGCCUCUCCACCUGUGAAGAAACGCAAAACUUCUAAAGUAAUAAAAACCAAAGCUACAAAGAGUCCAAAGACGAAUAUAGCGAGUAUAUUCCUUAAGAGCCCUAAUCGAAAGUCACCUCGUAAGAAAGAUACCGAGAGCAAAUUGAGCGAGGAGGAGAUGGCGGCUAUCAAGGCGGAUACGUUGAACGAGAAGCUUUGGAGCGAGUGUCUCGUUGUAUGCGAGGCGAGGGGGAAGAAGGAAUUCGUGGAGUAUGUGACGCAAAUGUUCCUCUGCAUCAUUUGUCAAGAGGUGGCUGUCACUCCGGUGACAACGCCCUGUCUACACAAUUUCUGUUUGUCAUGUUUAAGACAAGCAUUCAAAGCCAGCGGUGCUCAGUGUCCCUGUUGCCGACACAGCCUCAUCAAAUACGAAAUUGAACCGAAUGAGGAAUUGAAGACAGCUCUUCGAAGUAUAUUGGCAGGAUACGACGCGGGCAAGAAAUAACAUACAGUGGUAACAUGCUUUUAUUUAAGAUCUUGUUAAAUUUGGGAGGCAAUAGAACUUAUAAUAAUAGUACAGUUGAAAAAUAGAAAGAAGCAAGUGAUGUUUGCCAAUGUGAAGUGAUUUCAAGUGCCUUAUUGACAAUAUUGAAUUGCUCCCAUUGUCUCAAUGUAUUUGGUUGAUCUGAUAACGCUAUGCGAUACUAAAUGAUGUAAGGAACUUGAUAAAUUAUAUGCGAUUGUGUGUAAAUAACUAUGUAAUUAGUAAAACAAUGAGUAAGCUCAUACAUUUUGCUGCUAAGCGGAAUAUAGCAUUUGCGGGUAGUGUACUUACAUAUUCUGCACUUUUAUUAUCUAUGUUACUCUUACUUGCACAUACAAUUUGGUAGUUACUUGGAUACAAUAGGAUUAGUAUAUUUUUUUGGAGAAGGCUCAUAUAAUAAGACAUACACUUCAGCCAAUAGGAGCCUAUUAACUGGUGAAACUGCACGGGAGAAGGUAGAUUUUAAUACAAGUUUCGAAUCUUUUUCAUUGAUCACGCUCAGCAACCCGUUUGUAUGAAAACAAUGGAAGCUUUGAUUGUAAUUAUAUGUGACUGUUAACUCUACAGCGGUUACACAUUUGACUGCACGGUUGGUGCGGUGGCUGGGCAACAGGCUGCCGCGCAACGGGUAGCGGGUUCGAUUCCCGCACGGAGCAACUCUUUGUGUGAUCCACAAAUUGUUGUUUCGGGUCUGGGUGUCAUGUGCAUGUGAACUUGUAUGUUUGUAAACGCACCCACGACACAGGAGAAAAUCCUAAUGUGGGGCAACGUUCUUUAAAAAAAAAAACAUCACCAAACAAUCUGAAGCCAGUUUUCAAAACAUUUUGUUUAUAUAAUUAGGGACAUGGCAAUGCUAUAAGACUUGUUUAGUUAAGUUUUUCAUAGAUUUAACAGAAUAAGAAAUAUUUUUAAUAUACCUAGCUGAAAUUGAUCUGUUUUGAUUAUUAAUGUGAGACGGAAUUCUCAUAUUUGUUGGUAGUGUUAAGUAUCAGGUUAGACGAGACCUUGUUAUAAUUGGUUAUUAUUAUUUGAAGUCCAUUUAACAACAAAACUGCACUAAUAAUGAUUACUCGACACAAGUUCUACCUCCAAAGUAUUCUACGUAAAUUACUCAAAAUUGUAACUCCUGUGAUUUGUAAUUUUUAAUGUGUACUUAGUUUAGAAUUUGUCUACUUGCCUUAGUUUGGUUUUAGGAUAAUGUUAUACUUGAAAUUAAAAGUAUAAUGUAUUCGUCAAGUAGCUAGCAAGGAAACUAUUACGUUUUUAAACCAAAUCUUUAUUUCUUAUAGUUCUUUAAUCCAGUUUCAAUGCCAAGUUUGAUCCAAACCUAGAAUAGUGUGUUGUAGGAUACCAGAACAGUUCAAUCUUGCAUAUAUGUAAAUUGUUUCAACAUAAUAUCUAAUGUACUAUGUAACAAUUAAAUAAUUUUAAAACAUUUUACAAUUAUAAUGUAUAUGUAUAUAAUAUUAUGAUUUUUAUAUUGUUUUACAAUAUUUAUUAGAAAUAUCGCAUUCAUUAUCAAAAAGUCACGGUUUACUCACGUAAAUUAAUGGAGAAAAGUUCUACUAGUAUCGAGUCACAGAGGGACUCUUCAUCACGAGCAGCGUGCGCAGACGCGGCCCUUUAGCGCGUUUGUGUAGGCUGCGCGGUCUACGUGAGUAAACCGUGAUUUUUGUAGUCGAUUCAGUAUAAUUGUCUCAUAAUAACACAAUGUUUAUUAAUAUCACAGUUAUUUAUGUUUUAAUUUUUAUUUAUAACAACAGUUUUAUCAAACAAAUUCAUACCUAUGUAUGCAACACGCAUGAUGUGUGUAUAACUUAAUAGUUAAUACUUACGCCUAUGUAUGCAGCAUCAGCUGUUGUUAACUUUCCCGCAGUCCGACGAUUUUGUCAUGGUGUUGGUACAAUCGAAUUCUAUCGCAUCCAAUCUUGAAUAGAUAGACAAUUACUUAUUCUAAACAAAAUAUAUUCAAAUAACUAAAAAUAAGGAUGUACUGAAAUAAACAAUAUUGGUCCCAAAAUGUUUUCUAGCGAUACACCAAUAGAUUGAUUUUUGUGAGUCAGUUGGACAGGAUUUAAUUGAGUAGAAAGAACAUCUAAUGCCAAAUGAUCACAUGUAGUAUUAUUUUUAUUCCAUUAUACUUAAAUUUACUUCCGUUUAAGAGUCGCUAAUUGGUUUUAUAAUCAGAUAAACAAAGCUUAUAAAAUCUGAAGGAAAGUUAAGGUAAGUUCGAUUACUAAUGUAAAAUAUUGUAGGAAUUGCGAGUACAAAUAUUUCAUAAAAUAAUAUUCUUUUGCCGCAAUAGGGGUCGUAAGAUUGUUUUACAAUGAUAGCCGUUUCCACCAACCACCCUUAAACGAUAUCUUAAUUAAUAGUUACUUAGUGUGACGUAGCACCUAAACUAACCCCUUACUUGUACUAUUAGGUGUCACCUAUAGAUGGUUGAACACCAAAAAGUCAUUAAAUAGCAACAUGCCAUAGUACGUCUGUGGUAGCAAAGCAUCCUGAGCGGAGGAUUUGCUUUCAACAGUUUUUUGAUGGCAGUCAAAGGCUUAAAUGUCACCUAUCUUAGCUUAAGGGGUUCCUCAAAAUUUAGGUGAGGUUGGUGAAAACGUGCAUUAGUGUUUGAAGCGAGCGGGUAUAGUAUAGGUGUGGAUAACUCUCGUCUUGAAGUAGCGCUUUAUAGGUAAGGUUAGCUAUUAGAAAAUAAACGGUGAAGUGAAUACUUAUUAGGUUAUAAGUGAUAACUACCUCAUAUUUGCUUGUAGAAUUAAGUAAACAGUAGUAGAUUUAGCUCGGCUUCUAGCCACAUAUAUUAUCCAUUUGAGUUGUACAUAAUCCAAUAUUUUUAAUUGGUUAUGCACUUAAAAUACGCAAACAAACUUCCAUCCAUUAGUUUUUACACUAAUAAUUCGGCAGUGCCGAAUGUAACUAUUGAAAUGUUUGCCAAAACACGUGUUUAUAGGUUUUAGUAUACACUAGCUGGGCCGGCAAACUUCGUAACGCCUCAAACCUUUUUGUCGUCUUUUAAACCUUCUCUGGACUUCCACAAAUAAUUCAAGACCAAAUCGGCCCAGCCGUUCUCGAGUUUUAGCGAAAAUAACGAACAGCAAUUGAUUUUUAUAUAUGUUAGAUAAUAAUACCUAUAAACAUGUUUUGAUUUUUUAAUCACCGGCCAAAAAUCUUCGGCGAUAAUCCUUGAACAGAAGAUUUUUCUUUUAGUAUCAGUCAAUACAAAAAUUUUGAGAUAUCAUAUAGUAAAGUGUUCACAAAAAGUUACUAGAUACCGUAAGUGUCAUGUAUACGCGGUUACUACGAUUUCAGGCGCAGCUCAAUAACAAAAUUGAAAAUUCUAUCUUACUUUACUCAAAAAUGGAGUUACUGAAUAUGAAUAUACUCUAUGAUUAUCUAUAAUGAUCUAAUGCCUAGAAAAUUGGCUGGUGAUAAGAAAAUCUUCCGGUAUUUCGAAUGUACAAAAGACAGCGAAGGAACGUCUAGACAUCUAAGUUAGAGUAAGUCUUAAAGCAGGCUGUAGAUAGUUAAGUUUAUAGAGAUAUAUAUUUAUCUCCGUAAUUGUCCUUUGCCCAAAUAUUCUGCCCUCUAGAGGGUCUGACUGCGAAAAGUCAUGGCUAUUUUUUUGUAUUAUAAAUCGCACUUAAAUAUUAUCCGAUUAUUCGAAAUUAGCUUCGUACGUUUUCUAUAGCUGUCCGGUUGAAUUACUUUUCGGCUUACACUGUCUACUCGUCUAGUUAAUAAUGAACGCGAUUGAUUCACUUCAUGCAGUCGUUCAAAUAUUUCAGCGUGUUAUUUCAUGUUCUCACAUCGUCUACCAGUCAUUUUUAUACCAAUCUUCUCUUACCAUUGAUGUUACUAUAUUCUCAAGUCCCUCCCUAGGGGAUAAACUUGCCUAGAUUUAGAAAAAAGCGAGUGAAUGUCAACUUUUUUAUUUCUUAUUGACCUAGAACUUGGCAUAUCGUUCGUCAUGCUUUAUUGUCGUGUUCCAACUGUAAUUUUAUAUAAUUUAGUUUUUAUACUAAUUACUUUUAAUGUCUAUUUUUGAUCUUAUUUAGUACAAAUAUAAUAGUUUUAUUAAUUAAUGUUCUUUUUUAGGAAUUAUUGAAUUCAAUUGUUGGUUAGUUCUGUUAUAAGGAAUUGUUUUAAUAAAUAGAAGCUCACAAUGAUUUUUAAGUUCCCCGAAAGAUAAAUUAAUCAAUCCACGUUAGGUUGCUUAGUACUAUAGCCGUUUAUUUGUAGAUUAUUAUUCAUUCCACAAUAUUUGUUUUUGCUGUAGAAAUGCACAUUCCACAUAGAAUUAAUGAUCUAUAUAACAUAACACCAUUAUUAUAUUGCAAUCUGUUGUGCAAUAUUGACCCUUUGACCGUCGCAUUCGUACUGACUACGUGCCUAGUAUCCUAUGAGCGCAUCAGACAAUAAAUGCCCAUCAAUGGCGGUCAAAAGAUCAAGAACUUUGUACUGUUAUUACGUGCAAUUAUUUUCAAUUUUAAUAAAUGUUACUAUGUAUUCAACCCUUUAUUCAUAAAAGGGGUUUGUGUUCGUUUAAAUUAUAUAUUUAUACCGUAAUUGUGCCUUAAUUGUUAUUUUUAUAGAGUAGAACAAUUUGUAAACUAUUUGUCCGUAUGUACUAAGUAUAUCAAGUAUAUGUGCACUUGUAAACAAUUUACACAACUGCUAGAGAAAUGGCUAUAAAAUAUGUAUUACAUAAGGAUAUACUUUUAUUUGUUGUCAGCUAACCCGUAGAAGUAUUGUGUAAAAAAUGUUCAACCCCCAUAAUUCUUUCAUCUUCAAUAUGAAUUAUUAGUUUAUAACUGGUAGUGGAUUGCUACAUAAAUAUAACCAAUGAAAUAAGUAAUAAAACAUUUAUAAUACUAUUCAGUGGGAACUUUUUAUUUUAUUUGUCAUGCAUUCUCUGAGAAGCCCAACUUGGCAAGGUAGAAAAUGAUAUCAAAUUGCACAUUUAUUCAUUGAGUAAUUGCAAGCUGUAUGAGUCUGAUGAAAUAUGUUCACUUAUUAUCAAAUUCUUGAACUGAAAUAUUUGUGUCUUUACAUCUGCAAAUGUAGGGAUUUAUUUUAUUUCUUUAUUGAUUUCUAUUUAUGAAUUGAUAUGAUUGAAGAAAUUGUGAUUCAUGUUCAGAAUAUGGGCGCCGGCAGUUGUGUGUAGCAAUGCGGGAAAUAGUGUCAAAAAGCUUUUUUAAAAUUGAAGUCUUAAAUAUCGCCCUGGCUCAAAAAUACCAAAAUUGUUGAACCUAUUUGUAUACACUCCCCAAAGACACAUGUUUUGUAAGAUGCACAUUUGAAGAAUCACAACGAACUAGUGUAGUUAGGUGUUUAUAACGAUUAAAGAGGAGCUUUCAAUUAGGGGUUACAUUAAAUAGAGAGACCCUUGCUUGACUUGAAAUUUCAAACAGUGAAGUAAUCAAAAUAGUAUUAUAACUUUCGUGACAAUUAUUAAUUAUUAUGUUUUUCGACGUGACGAGGAGCCCGACUAAUUUCAAGCCAUUCUAUUAGCUCAUAUUCAUGAGCAACCGAGACACGGCGCUGCGACGAUCGCGCUGCUACUGAAAUAUUCCUGUCGGGGCCCAUAUAUUGUACAUGAUUGUGAAUUGAUUGUUACUAACAGUCGCACUCAGAGUCAUACAAUGGUUUUUAACCCAAUCCUUAGUACUGGUUUUCGGAAGAAAAUAAUUACUAAGGAAUGGUUUAAAUUUAAUAAUCAUUAAAUGUCUCUGGGACGGCAAUAAAGCUUUUUAGCUUGGAGUUAGAUACAGGUAGUCCUCUUUGUGAUAAAUUAACUUUAUCCUUGUUUAAAGUUUUCAUAUGAAUUGAUAACAAUCCUAUUACUUAUACACAUAGAAAACGACUGUAUCGAGCUCCAUUCUAAAUUGAUUUUUGCUUACAACGUGGAUUGUCCAUCAACAAAAUGGUAGCGGUGCUUUCAUGAUUGUCUGAAAUUCGGUACCCUAUUCCAUUGUAACGCAUUGUACCUAUCUUCGAUAUUACUGCGAUUGUUCGGCUCUUUAGUAGUAAGCUAUUUUAAUUAAAAUUAUGUUGAUUUUCUUUAAUAAAACAAUGUUGAAAAUUA